GCGGUGCUGUGCUGCCUGUCAGUGGAGCUUCAAGGGCGCGGAGACAAUCUGUACGAGCAGGCUAGGAAGUGUUGCGGAGGUGGCAAGGUGCAAACCACGCAAAGCCGUCUUGACAGAAGCAUGAAAUGGGUGUGCAGAAAUAUUUGACAUAUGCUCUUCAUCGUAUCCAGAAAGGACCAGGUUACACAUACAAAGAGCUACUUGUCUGGUACUGCAACAACACCAACACCCAUGGGCCAAAGCGAAUCGUCACAGAAGGACCAAAAAAGCGUUUUCUGUGGUUCCUUUUUACUCUUGUAUUUGCUGCUCUGGUGUUCUGGCAGUGGGGCAUCCUUAUUCAGACUUACAUGUCUUGGGGAGUUAGCACGUCUCUCUCAGUAGGAUUUAAGACUGCCCCAUUUCCUGCUGUCACAAUAUGCAAUGUGAAUCCUUUCAAGUAUUCCAAAGUGAAGCCAUUAAUAGAAGAUUUGGAUGAGGCUGCAAGGACAGCUUUGGCAAAAAUCCACACAUAUUUCAUAAGUGGUAAAGUGCCUGAACUGCCUUUGAUGGCAAAUACAUCUCUAGUGUCCGUGUUUUUGCAGAAUAUACCACUAGUUAUAAUGGAUGAAAGUGAUGUAAAUAAUCCAGCUAUCAUCAGUUUGUUUGAAAAUGGCACAGAUGGCUUUGUUCAAAAUAAUCCACACCCACCAACAUCAGACCUCAAGGUGGCAAUAAAAUUGUGCAAUGCAAAUAAAACAGAAUGCCUUUAUUGGAAUUUCACCUCAGGAGUCGAUGCUGUGAAUGAGUGGUAUUCCUUACAUUUCAUGGACAUUAUGUCUAAAUUUUCUAUUAAUGAAAAAAAACAAAUGGCAUACAGUGGGAAAGAAUUUAUCCUAACCUGUCUUUUUGGGAACCAACCUUGCAGUUAUAAAAAUUUCAGCCAGAUAUUUCAUCACUUUUAUGGAAACUGUUAUAUUUUCAAUUGGGGUCUGCAUGACAAAGCAAUUUCUUCUUCCAAUCCUGGAGGAGAGUUUGGUUUAAAUGUAGUGUUAGACAUCAACCAGAAGGAGUAUAUUCCAUUCCUUUCCACUACUGCUGGAGCAAGAUUGUUGGUUCACGAACAGAGAAGCUUUCCAUUCCUGAAAGAUCUUGGCAUCUUUGUGCUUCCGGGGACUGAGACUUCAAUUGGUAUAUCUGUGGAUAAAAUUGAACGUAUGGAAGCACCUUACUCUGACUGUACACAAAAUGGAUCCGAUGUCCCUAUCACUGAUUUAUUUUAUAAGAUGUAUGAAACCAGCUAUUCAGUGCAGUCAUGUCUAAGAUCCUGUUUUCAAAUGAACCUUGUGAAGAUGUGUGGGUGUGCUUAUAAUCUGUACCCACUGCCUGCAGAAGCACCCUACUGCAACUUUGGUGAUCAUCCGGAAUGGGUGUACUGCUAUCAUAAAUGGAAAAAAUCUGCAGAAUCUGAGUUACUCUGUCUUCAAACAUGCAAGCAAUCCUGCAAUGAAUCUCAGCACUUGUUGACUGUGUCCAUGGCUGACUGGCCAUCAGAAUCUUCAGAGGACUGGAUUUUCCAUGUUUUAUCCUAUGAAAGAGACUUUUCAAGCAAUGUGACCAUAAAUCGAGAUGGAGUUAUGAAGAUGAAUUUAUAUUUUAAGGAAAUAAAUUACAGGAGCAUAACAGAAUCGGCUUCUACUACAGUUGUAUGGCUGCUGUCUAAUUUAGGAGGUCAGUUUGGAUUAUGGAUGGGUGGCUCAGUGAUAUGUAUAGUUGAAUUCGGAGAAAUCAUAAUUGACUGCCUUUGGAUUACCAUUAUAAAAUUAAUCAUGUGGAACCGAAACUGGAAAUUGAAGAAAGCUCAAAGCCAAUACAUGGGGCCUCCUCCUUCCAUUUCACAGCUUGCUGAAGGCCACAUGAACACAGGAUUUGAACCUGAUAAUGUUACCUCUGACUCCGGUCAGUCUCUGCAGACAAUGAGUUCAUGCGAACACCCGGUGCACCCAAUUCCUGGUACUCCACCGCCACAUUAUGAUUCUCUCCGUCUCAAGUCAGUAAGAGUAAACAAUGAAUAGGUUAGUGUACUUGGUUUUCAGCUGAUAAAUAAAUCUUGGUAGUCUGAAUGUGAUGUGCCAGGGCAGUUCUGCUGAUGGCUCCUUCCUUAUACAUGUUCUGUACAUGCAGGUUUUCUUAUUUUUCAAUCUGUCACUAGAGGUGUAGGAGAUGAGCCAUAUGAAGUGCACUCCAGGAGGUAAAGUUGUUUUUUCCAAGCUGUUAAGCACAUUGUGGUACCUUUUGAAGGGCCCAAAAAUACUUAUCCUGAUAAGGGAAGUGUUAUGUUUAAAAUAUAUUUAAAGUAAUAAAUACUGUGGCACUAUCCAGGAGUGUAGCAUAAUAAAGAUACCUAUUGAGUGAUAACUGCAUUUUCAUUAGAAAAAGAAGUUAUUCAGUCAAUGUGUGUCUUGCAUUUUUCUCUGUCUUGAGUCUAGACGGAUUCUUUUAUCUGUCUGCUCAAGUUCUUCACCAGCCGUAUUUUUCUACACAAAAACCCAUCCACGUGCCAGCUAUGGAUACAACUCCUUCAUUUUUGGCAGCAAAUAAAAGGGGCUUUUUACCUAAAGGUAUGUAAAAACUGCCCUCUGCUCCGCAUCUUUUUCCUCACGUGUUCAUUUCAAAGAGCAGUGAUGUUUCAAAUUGGCACACAGUCCACAAUUUCCUCCUGUCGGCAAAGUACUGACCCCAAGCCGUUGAACAAUAAAUGGCUUUUAUACAGUAUGCGUUCUUUACUGGGCUACUACAAGCCUUCUGUGUCUUACUUUAAUCACAAAACUGAUCUCUCAUGGAGGUUUUUUUUUUCCAGUGUAUUUACUUCAACUUCUAUAUUGGUAUUUGUCAUAGCCCUACAAUUUUUAAGUUCAAAGUUGUACUACUGAUGAAACAGUAUUUCCAUGAUGGUUUGUGACCCAGUUCACUUGGAAAUUUAGGGUGGCCCUGCAUCACCUUUUUUUUAUAAGUGUAAAUAAAUGGCAACAUAUAGUCAGCAUUCUGUAAGUUCUACUCAAAUGUAUUGCAUUAAGUGUAGCAUAUCUGAGGCUCCUGCUGUUAUAUUUUGAACCCCAUCAACAUUUUUCAGUAAAAGCAAAGUAACUAAGUAAACUGCACUUCAGCAGGACCCCACGGAUUUUGCUGUAAUCCCAGAUUUCUCUUCUGCCAGAGAUGUCUAAUGUGGUAAUUUGAGCUCUCUGCGAGAGAGAGCUCAUACCAAUUCCUAACCCACGGUCUAAUCUCAUUAUUUAGUAGCUAUAAUGAGGAACAAAAUUAGUUAACUUUAUAUUUAAUUUGUCCAUUUUAUUAUAGGGUAAUUUAGAUGUAGUUUUUAAGUGAAUAAAGUGUGUGUCCAGAGUUCAUCAUGAAAAAUUGUUCUGUAACAGCAAACAGCCAGCAUUUUGCUCACUGGCUACCUGCCCAAUGAUUCAUAGGAAGUCAAACAGGAUAGGGAACUGAUGAAACGUUUUAAAGGAGUGUUGAAUUUUGGGGUGCAUGUAAAAUAGACAAAAAUUAUGGAAAAUAAAUUGAAAAGCCA